CCUCUCUGACUUUCCCGCUGAUGCCAACGCCGCUCAUUUAGUUGGCUUCGACCAUCACAAAUACUCGAUUCAUUCCCUUGCAACGGAUGCCUCUAUUACUUCCAAUUGAAACUGCUUCUGCUGUCUUGGAUAAUAUGGUGCCUUCUGUUGUAUGAACCAAAUGGGUAAUGGGAUUUCUCGAUGUGUGUUGCUUUGUUAUCUUUAUCGAUGCAUGUGAAUUUCUGAUUCACUCUUUUGGCUCAGUUUUGAAGUGAGUUCAGGAGAAAUAAGAUUGAAACAAUUGAGUUGACCUGAACAAAAUCACUACUGCAAUUUAGGCAUAGCAUAGAUCCAUAUUAAUUGUCGAAAUAUUACAUCUAUCUAGAUUUUUUUAGGCAUAGACACGUCAUAUUUGAGCAAAUUUGAGACAAUUAAUAUGAAUCGGAGGAAGUAUCCAUUGUUUUGUUCAUUUCAAUUGAAUCUCAAAUUAUGUUGUUGUCUUUUCUAUAAACAUGAGUUUUCGUGUGCAUUAUAUUUUAAAUGUGAGAUGAAAAAAAAUAAAAGGCCAGUAAACACUCAAAUAAGUUUUCGACUCUACCAAAAAUAAUCGACGCACGCUCUGACCACACGCACACGGGUGCAGUAGGCGGUUCCGUAUCCGAGUGUUCGAGGGCGUCCGUGUGGGCCACGAAAAUUACUAGAGUUUUUUUUUUACCAAGAAAAUUACUAGAGGUGAUACAGAGACACGGAGUAGAUGGACGAGUGUGAGUUUUCUUUUUUGAGAGAGCAGCCGAAAGGCGACGCAAACCGUGCAGGUCUGGAAAAGUUUAGUUCAAAUCCAGACAAGCCCAUGGGCUAGAAUAGAACCGGUUCGCCUUCGCCCUAUCACCGGCCCAGCGCCCACAAGGCCAAGGUGCAGGUGCCCCGGGAGGAGAGGAGGCGGGACAGAGCGCGAAAGAGCACGGCGGGUUAGCAGGCACGGAAGCGAGAUCCGUACGCUUCUCCGGCAAACUUCUGACCUAGCCACCGGCGGCGCUGCGCUGCAGGCCCCUCCGCCCUCUUUCUUCUCCUCCGGUCGGCGGAGCUGUGCUGGAUCCCCACCUCCACCAUCAUCGCCGCCAAGAAGCGCCUCCUAUCCGUACUAAAUGGAGAUGACUAUGGAAGAAGACUCUUUUGAGGAUGACAUCGUGUUUUGUCCGACAUGCCGUUUAAUACUGUACCCAACUGAUGACAGUAACAAGUUUUUUCUACUGUCUUGUAGAGCUUGUAAUCAUGAGGUACGACUGGAUUAUGAAUUUACUUGGGAGAAACAUAAAGUAAACAAAAAAUCAAUUCUACCACCUGUAAGAAAGCAAAACGCAGGUACAUGUUGCCCAAAUGCGGUUCUUACAUCGUUGGAUGCGAGGUUGAAUUUUAAUCGUGCAUUAAUGAAUAAGGGCCCAGCUGAAAUGCUAUCACUAGAUCAUCUUCUAGAGCAGUAUUCAGAAGAAGAGGAAAGAAAAACUGGUUUGAAAUACGAUGGAAGCAAGGGUUAUAAGUUGCGUGAAACUGCCCAUAUAAUAAGGAAGAAAGGAGUGCUUCAUGAACAUGACUAUGCUUCAAAGAACCGCCAGGGAAAGUCUUGGUGUAGAGCUAGACAUUAUCCACAGAAGAAUGCCUCGUUUACCGAAAUCUGCAAUAAAAUAUUGAAGGGAAAUGUGUUGUUUACUUCUAUUCCGGUGACAGAACAAUGGUCAAUGCUGAAGGCUGGCGAUAUGUAUAUGGCGAAUCGAGAUUUGGUUAUAACUGAGUAUUAUGACAAUAAACCAGAAGAGAGCUGGCAUGCCAUUGUCCUGGUUGGUUUUGGUCAGGAGGGAGGAGUUGAGUAUUUUAGAUUUCAAAAUAGUUAUGGCACUCGUUUUUGUGAAAAUGGAAUUGGUAUUGUUCGGGCAAGAGAGAUCUGCCAUAUUGAACGUUUUGAGCCUUAUUACGUCAAUGACAAUUGAUCCCUUGGUUCUGUAUGUCAUUUCAAGUUUUCUGUACCCUGACUCCCCCUGAGAACUACUUUGCUUGCCCAGGAGAAUGCCAACGCCCUUGAUGUGGUUCAGUUUUUCGCUAUGAAGGUGUCAGAGGAAAUAAAUGGAUUCCUUAGUGCACCAUUUACUCCUGAUGAAGUUGAUAAGGCUCUCUUCAUGGAGAGGCCUAAAAAAUCGCCCGGCUCUGUAUAGAUUUACAGUAUAAUUCCAGCAACAUUGUGACAUGUUGAAAGAUAACAUUCGCCAUUCCGUUUUGUGUUUCUUGGAGGGCGGGAUUAUGCCUGCCGAGCCAUAGGACAGUGUUAGUGUUGAUAAUGAAGUCGAAGAACCCUCAAGAACUGUCGCAAUUCAGACCCAUCUCCUUCUGUAAUGUCCUCUUUAAGAUACGCUCGAAGGUCCUUGCCAAGACGAAGUGGGUGUUGGGGACAUCAUUUUCGAGGGGCAAACUGCAUUUGUGCUGAGGAGAUUGAUCACCGAUUAUGUACUAAGCAUAUAUGAAUGUAUACACUUUCUAUGGAGGAAGAAAUGAAAGUCUGCUGCUUGCGCUAUCAAGUUACACA